GGAGGAUCCUGCUGCUCUGCCCCGGUUUCCAGCAGCCUCUCUGUGAAAUUAGCGAAUACUGCAGCAAGAAGUGAGUGAGUGAGUGUGUGCACUGUGAAUGUGUGUGUGGCACAACCAAGAAGAAGGAGCGAGCUGGGACUAAUAUUCAUAUAAAAACCUCUCAUCUGGCGGCUGACAGACGCCCUUCUUGUUUCCCCGACAGAGAUGGCAGCCAUUCGGAAGAAGCUGGUGAUCGUCGGGGACGGAGCUUGUGGAAAGACAUGUCUCCUGAUUGUUUUCAGUAAGGACCAGUUUCCUGAAGUCUACGUCCCCACAGUGUUUGAGAACUACAUCGCUGAUAUCGAGGUCGAUGGAAAGCAGGUGGAGUUGGCGCUUUGGGACACUGCCGGCCAAGAGGACUACGACAGGUUGAGGCCUCUCUCGUACCCCGACACAGAUGUCAUCCUCAUGUGCUUCUCCAUCGACAGCCCUGACAGCUUAGAAAACAUCCCUGAGAAGUGGACGCCUGAGGUGAAGCACUUCUGUCCCAACGUCCCCAUCAUCCUGGUGGGGAACAAGAAGGACCUGAGGAACGACGAGCACACGCGGCGAGAGCUGGCCAAGAUGAAGCAGGAGCCGGUGAAGUCGGAUGAAGGCAGAGACAUGGCCAGCAGGAUCAGUGCUUUCGGUUACCUGGAGUGCUCCGCCAAGACCAAGGACGGCGUGCGGGAAGUGUUCGAGAUGGCCACCAGGGCGGCGCUGCAGGUCCGCAAGCGCAAGAAGAGAGGCGGCUGCGCGCUGCUGUGAGCAGUUCGGACGCCGGGGAAACAACCGACCAAGAGGAAAAGAGCAAAACACAAGAAAAAGAACUGACCUUUUACCAAAUGGCAUCUUUGUACUGUAUUUUGCAAUUCACGAUAAGACGCAGGCAGAUGAAUCCAAUGAAAACACCCCUUAUACAGGAAACGGACUUUGUCUAUAUUACAACCAUCGUUAGAAAAUUGAUGUUUAAAGUACCUUGUUGAAUUUCUUUUUUUUUUUCGGAAAUCUGUCAAUACACAUAGAAGUUUUCCUACUUGUUUCUUUUUCUUUGCAUUUGUAAUGUAACGCGGCAGUGAUAGAUGCACAUAAUUGUCUGCAAUAUUGUACUUCACGAACUUUUUUCAGCUUGUAAAAAAACAUCUUCAUGAAUAACGUCUUGUCCUGUUAGUACCAGCUCAGUUUCUCAUGGUAGCAGCCGGGAUAGAGAAUGAACGUUGAUUUCUUUUGACCACAAGAGCUAGUGCCUUUUUUUUUUUAAGUUCGUACACCAACCAUCGACUUCUCGUGUUUGUCAGCCAGCGAACAUUUCAGCUGAGGGCCCCUUCAUUGCACACUCGCUCAUUUUCAAAGCCGUAACUAAGUUUCAGCUCAGUCGACGAAUCGCCAAGCACAAUAAAAUGGUUGCUUGAAUCAAUUUGUUUUGUCAGCAUUCCCCUCAACAUUUUUCCAGUCCGCUCACUUCGAAGAUAAGACGGCAGCUGUCUAAAUAACGUGAUAAUGGUUAACAAAAGUCGUGAGCUUCCCGCUUCCCCCUGAUUGUUCACGUACGUUCUGUUGAGUCCUAGAUGGAGGGAUGACAACUGGCCAAUCGAGACACGAGCCAAUAUGAUUCAACUAUGCACAAUAGCGGUUUCGGAGCGACAGGGGAGAUGACAUAGCUGAAACAGGAAUCGCACGAAGGCCACGGCCUAAUGAAACCUCCCUUGUUUGUUCAUUGAGAGUGACGGCACUACAAUGUACACGAGCCUGUCACACCUGCUCUGUGUGUGUGUGUGUGUUUGUGUGUUCAAUGGGUUUGCCAAGUCAUGGAAGUGUCUCGCUGUGCGUGUGGACUUUUCCAGUCAGGCGACAUUCUUCACAUGUCUCGGAGGAGCUCGGUUGCGUUUUGAGGAGUUUCUUUUUCCCCCUCAUGGUGCCUUCUCUGCUCUGGUGUGCCUUUCGGUCGUCCUCUCCCAGAGCAGGUGGACCAGCUGCACUGCGAGGUCGAGAGCGACCUCUGUGACCUGUUUCCCAAAGCUCAGACCUAUGAACGUCUCAGAUAAGAGCAGAGGGUGUCGUCAGUUUUUGCCGAAAUCGAACCUCUUAUGGCAUAAAUAUUCAGAUUUUACCUAUAAAUGCAGUCUCAUCUGUGAUCGUGACAGAUUGCGACAAUUUACAUGUUUCACCAACAUCCCCAGAAAACGUGUGUCUGCAGCCACUGAGAUUUUUGGAUGUUUCGGAGAUGGUCAUUGCUGCCAAGACGUUCGUUGUCAGAAAUCAACUGUGUAUUACUCGACUAUUAUUCGACUGCCCUCAGAAACAGACUCUUCACUCCGCCUCUGUUGCUCUUUCUUGUUCUCUACGUGUCCCUUGGUUGCAUGUCUCUGUCGGUUAAGUGAGAAGGUGGAGAAAUGUGUGUGUGUGUGUGUGUGUGUGUGUGUGGCAAAAAAAACCGGUAUCUUUGAUGUAGCAUGAAACAUCCUUAUAACGCCAGAAUGGGCCCCAAACACACCAGCUGGCAAAGUCUGUAUCUGUUAUGAUGUAAAAUACAGCUUCAUACCCUCUACUGGCCACAAGCACAUAAGCUUCAACUGAUCUUUUGUCAUGGCUGAGCCGAGGUGUAAUGUGAAGAAGAGAUGAGGCAUUGGUUACAAUCGCACACAAGCACCAUAUUAAUGUUGUUACCUCAAAUCUUUAGAGGGUGGAUGCUAUAUUUUAACUCAUUGCAUCAUUGCGGUCAACAAAUAGCACAUUGAGACAAGAUUCAACAGAUUCAGACGUUUUUUAUCAACGAGGCUUCGAGUUAUGUGCGUUCUAGUUGUGGCAUGACGUUCCCGGGUGUCGACCAGAUUAAUGCCGAGGAAUUCUGCAGAUUUAGAGGUCGGCAGAAAUGGUCGAUUAACUUCCACAGCUCAACGCAGCGAUGAAAGCUUUUCCUCAGAAGAGGAGCAGAGGGUUGAACCUGGUGUCGAACAAAUCACAAGGAGCAUGUGCUAUACUGCUGUGUGUAUCUGUGCAGAUUAUGUUACGCCACUAUAUCAAAAGUUGUUCUUACAAUGUUGUUGCAUGCAUGAGAAAAAGAUGGGUCUUUAUAGUACACACACACACACACACACACACACACACACACUGACACUCGCUAAAGCAGCACCGUCUUUGGGAACAGCUUCUGCUCAGUGUCGUAACUUUUCUUUCUUUCUCUGGAGGUAUUUGAAACGGUAAAAGGAUCCAGAUUUUUAGCUCAUUGUAAUAAUGCUUUGUAAACAGAAAAGUAGUGGAUGCUUGAUCUGAAGUGAACAUGAACAUUGUUAAUAAACUAUUUUUGAGACAAGA